CUCUCUUCCUUACGUAAAUUUUCCUUAAAGCAACUCCCUCUCCACUCCUCUGAAAAAGCUCUCUCCUUUUCUUCAAAUUCUCCAUUAAAAUUCUUCAAAUAAUUCCCACAAAUAUUCAUCAUCAUCUUCUUCAGCCUUCCAUCUCACUUCAGCAUGUCUUCAAUCUCUUUACUUCUCCUUCUUUUUCCAAUUCUUUUCAUCACUUUCUCACUUUUCGCAACCCCGUCGUCCUCCGCCGUCGACACCUUCGUCUUCGGAGGCUGCUCCCAGCUCAAAUACGCCCAAGGCACCCCCUACGAGUCUAGCGUCAACUCGAUGCUCACCUCCCUAGUCAACUCAGCCACCUUCACCACCUACAACAACUUCACUAUCCCCUCCUCCACUUCACAAGAAGCUCUCUACGGCCUCUUCCAAUGCCGCGGCGACCUCAACAACGCCGACUGCGGCCGCUGCGUCGCCCGAGCUGUGAGUCAACUCGGCACCAUCUGUGCCAACUCGUGCGGCGGCGCUUUGCAACUGGAGGGCUGUUUCGUCAAGUACGAUAAUACGUCGUUUUUAGGGGUGGAGGACAAGACUGUUGUGGUGAGGAAAUGUGGGCCGUCGAUUGCGUAUGACUCUGACGCGUUGACUCGGCGUGAUGCGUUGUUGGGUUAUUUGGGGGCGGGUGAUGGGAGUUACAAACCGUACAGAGUUGGCGGGUCGGGGGAUUUAGCCGGUAUGGCACAGUGCGUAGGCGAUUUGAGUGCGAGCGAGUGUCAGGAUUGUUUAUCUGACGCGAUCGGACGGCUGAAAACGGACUGUGGGGCCUCCAAGUGGGGUGACAUGUACUUGGCCAAAUGCUACGCGCGCUACUCUAAAGGUGGAGAUCACUCGAACGGCGGUGACGAAAACAACAACGAUGAAGAAAUUGAGAAGACACUUGCCAUCUUAAUUGGACUCAUUGCUGGAGUUGCUCUUCUCAUUAUAUUUCUUUCUUUCUUAAGAAAAGUAUGCGAGGGAGAAAGAGAUGGAAAAUGAUACCAUUUGUAAAUAUACAAAGAAAAACUACAACUCUCUUCCAUCACCUGCUCUGGUAAUUAAAUCAAAUUGUUUUUGACUUUCGGUGGCCCAUUUUCCACUUUCUCUUUUGUUUAAUUUCCUUUUCUUUCUCCUUUUGUAAGUUUCUUUGUUAGUGCCUUUAGAGAAAGCUUUGAAAUAGUGGAUAGAAGAAAGAUGGCUUUCGGAAACAGUUGCCUCGAAACAAGUGAAAUAAAAGUUGCAAUAAGCUCAAAAAAGUUAAAAGCCAAAAGAUUACGCAUCUCUUAACUCAUGUAAGAUUGUCUCUUAAUUAUUUGUACUAGUACUACUAAUAAUAACUAGUGAAAUUAAUCACU